UGGGGGAACUUUGCUUCGACGCACUUUCUAGCCCGUGACUCCGCCUUCAUCGGAGGGGCUCGGCUCUGAGAUUCAAGAUGGAGUCUCUAAGUAGAGCUGGGCAGGAGAUGAGUCUGGCGGCUCUGAAACAGCACGACCCUUACAUCACCAGCAUCGCAGAUCUCACUGGCCAAGUCGCUCUGUACACUUUCUGCCCUAAGGCCAACCAGUGGGAGAAGACUGAUAUAGAAGGAACCUUAUUUGUGUAUCGAAGGUCAGCUUCACCUUACCAUGGUUUUACAAUUGUGAAUCGACUGAAUAUGCACAAUCUAGUUGAACCAGUCAAUAAAGAUUUGGAAUUUCAGCUUCAUGAACCAUUUCUUCUAUAUAGAAACGCAAGCUUGUCAAUAUACAGUAUCUGGUUUUAUGACAAGAAUGACUGUCACCGCAUAGCCAAACUCAUGGCCAAUGUGGUAGAAGAAGAGACACGGAGGUCCCAGCAAGCUGCUCGGGAUAAGCAGAGUCCUAGCCAGGCCAAUGGUUGCAGUGACCACAGGCCCAUCGACAUCCUGGAAAUGUUGAGCAGAGCCAAGGAUGAAUACGAAAGGAAUCAGAUGGGUGACUCCGAUAUCUCUAGCCCUGGGUUACAGCCAAGCACUCAGCUAUCCAAUUUGGGAAGUACAGAGACUUUAGAAGAUAUGCCCUCAUCGUCACAAGAUAAGUCGGCUCCAUCUGGACACAAACAUCUGACAGUGGAAGAAUUAUUUGGAACUUCUUUGCCAAAGGAACAGCCUAUGGUUGUGGGUCCUGAUGCAGAAGAAAUGGAGAAGCUACCAGGAGAUGCCUCUCAGAAAGAUCCCAGCUCAUUCCUCCCGUUUUCCUUUGAACAGUCAGGAGGGGCCCCUCAAUCGGAAAACCUGGGUGUUCCGUUUGCUGCCCCCCAACUUGAAAUCACCACCCCAGUGCUCAUCACUCCUGCCUCCAUAACGCAGUCCAGUGAAAAGCAUGCCCCAAGCUACGUGAUCCCGCUGAGCCCUGUUCUCAGUCCCACUAUGCCAGCAGAAGCUCCUACUGCACAGGUUCCCCCCAGCUUACCUCGAAACAGCACCACAAUGCAGGCAGUAAAAACCGCGCUGAGACAGAGGUCUCCACUCCUCAAUCAGCCGGUCCCUGAGCUAACCCAAGCCUGUCUGAUUGCCAGCCAGAGUCCCUUCAGGGCCCCACUGAGUGUGACAAGCACAGCUGCUACUUCCCUCACAAGUGUGGAUCUUCUCCAGAAACUCAGGUUGACUCCACAGCAUGACCAAAUACAGACACAGUCACUUGGGAAAGGUGCAGUGGUACCCAGCUUUCUUCCAGCAUCUGGCCAACUGGCCACACCUGAAAGCUUCAUAGAGCCUCCUAAAACUGGAGCAGCCAGAGCAGCAGCCUCAGCCUCCCUGUGCAACGUGGUGCUCUCUCCCCUUCAGUCUAUGCAGCAGAGCCAGGACUCUGAAGUAUUUGUCCAGCCUAAGGUGUCAUCCAGUGCCAUACCGGUGGCAGGCCCCCCACUGGUUACCGCAGCGACUCCGGCAAUACCUUCUCUUCUGCUAUCCCCAAGUGUUUUCCAGCAGGCAACUACAAGAUCCACAGAGCUGGAAAGGAAAGCAAACUCACCUUCCCCUCUAACUGUGGGAACAUCAGAAAAUCAGAGAAAACCUUCCAUCAUUCUCAGCAAAAGUCAGCUCCAGGAUACAUUAAUACACAUGAUAAAGAAUGAUUCCAGCUUUCUCAGUACACUUCACGAAGUCUACUUGCAGGUUCUGACCAAGAACAAAGACAACCUCAGUCUAUGACUGGGGCUGUGUCAAUGUGAAGGCAGCCUGUCAACGUCAGAAACCAAUAGGCUUCAUCAUGGAAAUUUCUAAACAGAACAUUGAAUUUUGAGAAUCCUGAAAUUGAGCCUAUAAGAAAAGAGACUCAUCCCUUAAGAAUGUUUUCCAAGUGACAUUCUCAGUGACGACAGAGGUUUCACUGUGAAGCAUCACCAGCAGACCUUUGUUUUGACAAAAAAA